ACUCCUCUCUCCUGCUGUUCCUCUCUGUGGUCAGUCUGCAGGACCAACACUCUCAACUGAGGAAUUCAAUGGACAACGAAAGGAGCUGUCUUCUUUCUGAGAAGGAGCAAACCCUGUAGUCUGAGGCCUCACCUGCCCUUCCUCCCUCAUCCUCCUCCUCCUCCCCUCUUCAGCUCCUGUCUGAGUCCUGCACCUGUUGUGACUCGUUGGCCAGGUGAAGGGGAUCCUCUGGCCUUACGCUGUUGUUUCAGCUGACCCUAGCUGCAGGGCAAUUAGGAACCCAGUCUACUCAUUAGGCUUGACUGUUGCUCUCUCUCUCUGUGUCUCUCUGUCUCUCUCCUUCCUCUGUAACCCACCUCCCUCCCCUCCCCGCUGAUCCCUACCCCCCUCCCAUUCCAUCUUUGUCUAACCCACUCUGAGUCUGCUUGUCGCUGUGGCUGUGGAGCUCCAGAAGUUUCCCUGCUGGAGUAAAAGUGUGGAUCACAUUGCAUGCAAAGGAAAGGAAAGGAAAGGGUGAAAAGGAUUUUUUCUGGUGGCAAGAAGAAGUUGGACAACCCAACCAAAAGGAUUGUGGAGUUGGACAAGCAGCAGGUAUGAAAAGCCAGGCUGUGGUUGUGUCUGUGGCUCUGCUGGCCCUGUGCUGCCUGCUGAUCCCCAGAGGAGGGGAGAGUGCAGGGGGGAUAAUUUCACUCCGGGAGACUGAAGGGAACAGGCAGGCUGGGGGUCAGCUACAAGAUGAGUCCCUGGAUGACCCAGAAAGUGAGCAGCAUGGGCUCGAAGUGGACCCACACCCACUGGGAAGGAGUAAAAGAGACAAAAUAGACUCAGAGAGGGCUGCACAGGCAGCUAUUCUUGGCAGGGUGAGGAGAGUUCCUGAAGAAGGCAAAAAGAAGAAGAAGGACAAGAAGAAGAACAAAGAACCAAAAGAUCCAAAUGCCACCAAAAAGCCUAAAACAGACAAAAAGGGAAAGAAGAAGGACAAACAGACAACCACGACUCCACCACCAACCACUACAGCGAUCCCCACUGAACCUCCUACUCAACCUGAGGCGUACACUGACUACCCCUAUCCUGAUGUUGACAAUGAGUACUGGAAACCAGAGGACGAUGACUACUGGGACCAAGCCCCCACACCAUCCAGACCCUCGCCUGAGGUCACAGACCCUCCAUACGACUACUGGAAACCUGAGGAGGAAGACCCAGCUGCACCAGUGACAGACACUUAUGAUGACUUCUGGAAACCAGCAGAGAAGGAGUUGUCCACCCCCGCACCUGAUGCUUACGACUACUGGACACCAGACGGGAAAGAUCCGUAUGCUCCUGUGACUGAUAACUAUGACAGCUACUGGAAAGAGCCAGACCCCACACCCCCUGCUCCAGAGGUUGAUGGGAAGGCUGGGACAGAUGACAAUGAUUACUGGGAUGCCACAUAUGAGGAGCCAGAUAAUCUUCCAUUCCCAGAUGGUAAAGAGGUCAGCCCUGAAAUCGUAGUAGAAACGCUCCCAGAGGAGCCGACAACCACUUCUCCUUAUGAAGGGACGUGGUACGAAGAUUACGACGAGUAUGGAAGAAAAGUAAACGGAGAGACAGACGACAAAUGGGUAGAGAAGGAGCGAGAGAGAGCAGCAAAAGAAAGAGAGAGAGAAGAGAAAGAGAGAGCCCAGAAGCUGAAGGAGGCAGAGGAGCGGGCCAGAAACAGACCACGUGUCUUCAAAGAGCCAAAGAAGUGUCCACCCCUGGGGAUGGAGUCACAUAAGAUCGAGCCAGACCAGCUCACAGCCUCCUCCAUGUCUCAGUAUAUCUUUCAACCUCAGCGGGCAAGACUCAACAUGCAGGGCUCAGAUGAUGAAGAUAGUAAUAGAGGGGGAGCGUGGUGUGCAAACUCAGAGGAGAAGAUCCACUGGUUUGAGAUCGAUGCUCGCAGAGAAACCGAGUUCACGGGAGUCAUAACACAAGGACGAGACUCAUCGAAUGAGAGCGACUUUGUGACGUCCUACUUCCUGGCCUUUAGUAAUGACAGCAGAGAAUGGACCACCAUCCACGAUGGAUACGCAGACUGGCUGUUCUUCGGAAACAGCGAUAAAGACACUCCAGUGAUGAACCAGUUGGCUCAGCCGAUGCUGGCUCGAUACAUCCGGAUCAUCCCUCAGAGCUGGAACGGCUCCUUGUGUAUGAGGCUGGAAGUGCUGGGCUGUUUGCUGCCCGAUCAAGUUGAUCUCCAGUUCAGGCAAAAUGAAGUCACUCCAGUAGAUUACUUGAAAUUCAAGCAUCACGGCUACACAGAAAUGGUUGCACUCAUGAAGUCGGUGCAUGACGAGUGUCCCAACAUCACCAACAUCUACAGUCUGGGCCGCAGCACCAAAGGACUGGAAAUCAUGGCUAUGGUCAUCUCUGGAAACCCUACAGAGCACGAAAUAGGUGAGCCAGAGUUUCGCUUCACAGCCGGUCUUCAUGGGAAUGAGGCCAUGGGCCGGGAGUUGAUCCUGCUUCUCAUGCAGUACCUGUGCAAAGAGUACAAAGACAGAAACCCCAGAGCACAGCGGCUGGUAGAGGGAAUCCGCAUCCACCUGGUGCCCUCACUCAACCCUGAUGGACAUGUGGAAGCUUUUGAAGCAGGAUCAGAGCUAAGCGGAUGGACAACUGGACACUUCACCGAGGGCGGCUUUGACAUCUUCCAGAAUUUUCCAGACCUGAACGAUAUCUUGUGGGAUGCGGAGGAUAAGGGAAUGGUGCCCAAACUCACCCCCAACCACCAUGUGCCCAUACCAGAGGGCUUUGACACCAACACCUCAAUUGCUGUGGAAACCAGGGCCAUAAUCUCAUGGAUGCAAAGCCACCCAUUUGUGUUGGGUGCGAACUUCCAGGGCGGGGAGUCACUUGUGGCCUAUCCUUAUGACAGCUUACGUCUCAACAAGCCCGCCGAGAGCCAGAAACCCCACAGCCGCAAGAAGAGACAGUAUGAGGAUGAAAGUUUUGAUGGCAACGAGUGGGGAAGGGGCUACCAAGAGGAGCCAGAGGAAGACUGGAGAGGGAGAGGAUAUGCAGAGCCAGAGGUGGAGUCGAGGGGUCACGGCUACGACCACGGUUAUGACCGUGGCUAUGAUCAUGGUUAUGACCAAAGUCACAAUCACGGUUAUGACCAAAGUCCCGACCGUGGCUACGAUCAAGGCUAUGACCGAGGCUAUGACCGGGGCCACGACAACGGUUACGACCCCAGUUACAACCAAGGGUAUGGUCACAGAGAGGAGGAAGAGGAUGACAGAGGAAGAAGUGCCGGUUAUCAGUACAGCGAGCCUGAGGAUGAACCUCGGGUGAUUGCAGACGAUUCCCUCUUCAGGUGGCUGGCUGUCUCCUACGCCUCCACACAUCUCACCAUGACACACAGCUACCACGGCUCCUGCCAUGGGGACAACUCUGCAGGAGCACAUGGCAUUGUCAACAGGGCCAAAUGGAAGCCAAUCAAAGGAAGUAUGAAUGAUUUCAGCUACCUACACACCAACUGUUUGGAGCUGUCUGUAUUCCUGGGAUGUGAUAAGUUCCCUCAUGAGAGUGACUUGGCGCAGGAGUGGGAGAAAAACAGAGAAGCAAUGCUCACCUUCAUGGAGCAGGUGCAUCGUGGCAUCAGGGGCAUUGUGAAGGACCAGCAGGGGAACCCCAUUGGAAACGCCACUGUGUCUGUAGAGGGGGUCAACCAUGAUGUCACUACAGCACCAACAGGGGACUUCUGGCGUCUGUUGAACCCAGGGGAGUAUCGUGUGACGGCUCGAGCUGAAGGCUUCUCCCCUGUGACUAAAGUGUGUGUGGUGGGUUACCAAGCUGGAGCGACUGCCUGCAGCUUUAACCUGGCCAAGUCCAACUGGGACCGCAUCAAACAGAUCAUGGCCCUCCACGGCAACAAGCCAAUUCGACUAAGCUAUGGCAACAACAGAGUACAGCAUCCUGCAGUCACCAAUGGCAACAGGCGUGUGAGUAACGGCAACAGCGGUUACUCGGGGAAUACACGCCUCAGCGCGGACCGACAGAGGAGGCUCAGGAUAGCUCGUCUGCGUCGCCUUCGACAACUUAGAUUAAUGAGGUUAAGAUCUACGACGUUACCCCCCACAACCACCAUCCCCACAACACCAGAGACCACCACAUCCUGGUACGACUCCUGGGCCAUAGGGGAGGGGCAGUCAUCGACGCCUGGCGGUUUCACGGACUCAAUCCUGGAUUAUAACUACGAGUAUAAGAUAGAUGACUAUUGAACCAAAGGCACACAUCGGUCUGCACCAGUCCUCUCAUUCUGGUAGUUCCUGCUGCCGCGUUGUAUUCUGAGCAUCGAACGAGGAGUUCUCUUUGUACAAGUUAGCAAUAGGAAUGAACAGAAUGGUAACUAUAUUAAUUGUAUAGUGUAUCUAUUACUUGACAAACUGCCUCUUCAUAGAAACUGAUCCUGUUAAUGAUCCUCCAGUUUGACAGUUCACACUGCAUUUCUCUCACUGUUCUGUUACUCAGUCUUUUGAAUGAAUACUUUGAUUUCACGAGAAGUUUUUUAUUGUAGAUGCACAUAAACGAAAGUCAUGACCUUUUUUUUUUUUUUACUUCACCAGAGUUGAAUUAUUUACACUGUCUUCUUCAUGGCAGACACAUUUUUUACAGUAUGAGCAGUCAUUAAAGGUACAAAAGCAUUUGUAACAGGAGUCAGAGGAGGGAAACGUCUUCUGUCACGUUUCCUCUGACACAGCUGUAAUAAAAGAGUGAUUUUUCUAAUAAAGGCUUGUUCAUACACA